AACAAUUAUUUGUAAAAAAAAAUAAAUAAAAGAAAAUAAAAAGGAAAAGAAAAACACGUCGUCUUUCUGACCCGUUGGAUUUUGCAUUUAAAAACGUUUAUGUUCUUUCUCAUCUGGGCUACUGCUUCCUCUCAAAAGCCAAAACCUUUCUCUUCUUCUUUCUCCUCCUUCAAGAUUCUCUAGGGUUUUAUUUUUUUAAUUAUUUUUUAUUAUUUUUUCCGAAGAAGAGCUUUUGCAAUGGCUUUCUCCUCUCUCAUCAGAUCCACCGCCGCCGCCUCCACCCCUCUGGACUCCGCCCGCUCCGACCUUUCUCCUUCACCCUCCGAUCGCCUCAAGGUUUCAAGCAUUGGUUUUAGUGGCAACUCCAUUUUUGGUGCUGCAGUUUCAACGGGGUCAUCUUCUUCCUUACGGAAAUGCAAUUCAAGGAGUAUCCAACCCAUAAAAGCCACUGCUACCGAAAUUCCUCCUACAGUUCCAAAGUCACGGAGCAGUGGGAAGACAAAGGUUGGAAUCAAUGGUUUUGGUCGGAUUGGAAGGUUGGUUCUGCGAGUAGCAACUGCAAGGGAUGAUAUUGAUGUCGUAGCAGUCAAUGAUCCUUUUGUUGAUGCUAAGUACAUGGCUUAUAUGUUUAAAUACGAUUCAACUCAUGGAAACUUUAAGGGAACCAUUAGAGUUGUGGAUGAUUCCACCUUAGAAAUUAAUGGCAAGCAAAUACAGGUUGUAAGCAAAAGGGACCCUGCAGAGAUCCCUUGGGCUGAUUAUGGGGCUGAGUAUGUUGUUGAGUCAUCUGGUACUUUCACAACAUUAGCUAAGGCCUCAGCACAUAUGAAGGGUGGUGCCAAGAAAGUUGUAAUUUCAGCUCCUUCAGCUGAUGCACCUAUGUUUGUGGUUGGAGUAAACGAGAAGACCUACAAGCCAAGCAUGGACAUAGUUUCUAAUGCUAGCUGCACUACCAAUUGUCUUGCUCCUCUUGCCAAGGUGGUUCAUGAGGAAUUUGGUAUUGUUGAGGGUUUAAUGACAACUGUCCAUGCAACUACAGCUACGCAAAAGACUGUUGAUGGCCCAUCAAUGAAGGAUUGGCGAGGAGGUCGAGGAGCUGGGCAAAAUAUCAUCCCUAGUUCAACUGGUGCUGCAAAGGCUGUUGGUAAAGUUCUUCCAGAACUCAAUGGAAAGCUUACUGGAAUGGCAUUCCGAGUCCCCACACCCAAUGUUUCUGUUGUGGAUUUAACUUGUCGACUUCAGAAGAGUGCCUCCUAUGAAGAUGUGAAAGCAGCAAUAAAAUAUGCUGCAGAGGGGCCACUUAAAGGCAUUCUUGGAUACACAGAUGACGAUGUUGUCUCUAAUGAUUUUGUUGGUGACUCAAGGUCAAGCAUAUUUGAUGCAAAAGCUGGAAUAGGGUUGAGUGCUUCUUUCCAUAAGCUUGUUUCAUGGUACGACAAUGAGUGGGGUUACAGCAACCGAGUACUUGACCUAAUAGAGCACAUUGCAUUGGUAGGAGCAACCCGCGACUAAACAGUUAGAGAGGUAUAUGCUGUUGCUAUUCAAUGCUGCGAUUUCAGUGUGCUAGAAGUUUGGUUAAGAAAGUAGGUAUAAGAACCCAAAGUUAUAUUUUUUUGGAUUGCUUGUCCCAUAUAAGAGUUGGGCUUCCCACAAAGCAAAUCUGGAAUAAUGAAAAUCCAAACUUGUAUGAGUAAUAUGACUGCUCUUUGUGGAGCAUUAUCUUUGUCAAAAACCAUAACUGUUGGGUAGUAUGUUAUCUUUUUAAGGCUGGAAUGUUUAAUGCCUCUAAACAUAUCAUCAGAUGCUUGCUAAAGGGAAUUGAAAUUACAUAAAAAGUGAAUGUGAAGUUGGCAUCAAAUUGAGUUGAGGAUGAA